AUGGAAAUAGAAGAAGAUAAGCAUAUAGCUAAGGAAAAACAAAGAAUUUUAAAUUUAGAGAGUAAACUAGAGCAGAAUAAAUAUCAUGUCAAGAAUAGCUUCCUCUUAUUAGAAUGCUAUAAUAAUCUUUAGUAGUAUGAUAAAGCAAAUGAAUUAAGGUCAAAAAUGUAUAAAUACGUAACAUUUACAGAAAAUUAAUGGAUUGAUUGGAUUACAGAAGAAUUGACAGAAGCAGAAACAAGUGGAGAUAGCAAUAAAAAGAAAGAUGUAAUCAAAAUCUUUGAUUUAGCUAUGGAUGAAGGAUAUUAUCCAACAGUUGCUGAGAUGUAUCUUAAAUUUAUAGAUAACCUGAUAGAAAAAAAGAUAGUAACAAAACAAAAAUCAAAAUACAUUAUUGAAAAAGUGAUUGGCUUAUUUUUCUAAGAUUUUACAGUAGGAUCCUCAAUAUUUAAAUAAGCUAAAAAAAUAGAACUCAAAUUCUAAAAUAAAUUCUCUUCUUAAUAGAUUACAGAAAAAGAAUACAAAGACUCAUAGAAUCAAUUAAGGUAGUUAUACUAGAGAGAGUUAAAGCUAGGGCUUGUAGAAAUUACAAAAUCAUGGGAGGAGUAUUCUAUUUGGGAGUAAGAUGAAGUAUAAAAGAAGAAAGCAGAAUAAAUUUACAAUAAAACUUUUAAUGAAGUUCUUAUUUUGUCAAUGGAUUUAGAAGAUGAGUAUAUUCAAUCAUCUGAUAAGUAUGAGUUCAUGAUAAACUUGAUUCAAAAAUAAAAGGAUGACGAAAAGAAAUUGAUUGAAAACACAAAAGUUAUCAAUUUCUUUGAAAAGUGCUUAUCUUUUAUUGAAAAUACUCGUGAAAUUAAUUUUUGGAAGCUUUAUAUCUAAUAUCUUAAAGAUAUAGAAACUCCUGCUAGUCAUUUGUCUAAGAUAAUGUGUCGUGCUACUAAAAAUUGUAAGGCAGAUUUAGAUUUGCACACUGAAUAUCUCAGAGUACUUGAAAAAAGAUAAGCCCCUUUUGAUGAAAUAGAAAAUGAGUUAGAUAGACUACUCUACACAUAUAAAAAUGCUAAUGAUGAUCGUUACAUUCUUUACACAAGCUUUUUAUCAUACACAGUAAGAAAUUUAAAAACUGUCGAUAAUCCUUAUGAAGUUGACUCUUCAACUUUGAAUGAUGACUACAUAAAUCCAUCAAAUAUCAGUAUUAUGAGAAAAGCAUAUGAAAAAGCCGUUAAAUAUUUUACUAAACUCAAAGAAGAGUUAGAAUCUGAAGAAGAUGAAUAAACAGAAGAAAACUCUGAUUCUACUCUCACUGUCUAUAUUAAUGAAAUUAUCCUAAAGCAUGCUGAAAUAGAAUGCUACAUUAUCAGAGACAAGGAGUAACUAAAUUAGAUUAUGGAAAAGUUUGUAAAAGAAAACGGAGAAAACAUAUCAUGCUGGAAGAAAUAUUAUGAAUUCGAAAGAGUUUUAGGGAAGACGAGUACUAUGAGAGGUAUUCUUAAGAGAGCUUGCAUGUAUGUUAAAGACGAACCCUUAGCUAUUCAUUAAAUUUUAGUUGAUUUUGAGCAGGACUAUGGUAAUGUAGAUCUAUUAGAAAAAGCAAUUCAAAAGUAGAUAUAAAAGUAUCAAGAAAUUAAUGAAAAAGAAGCUGCUGCUGCAUAAGAGUAAGAAUAAGGAUAAACUGAAACAAAUGAAGAAAAUAUAAUCAUUUAAGUAGAAUAAGUUGCUUAAGAUUAAUCAACAGUACAUGAAGAACAUCAAAAUAAUCACUAAUAAUAAAAAACAUCAAAUAAAAGAAAGCCUUCUCAUGAUAUUACUGAAGAGGAAGACAUUAAUAAAAAGGUAAAGCUUGAUUAAGAAAAAACAGCAAUUGACUAAGAUGGAACAAAACCUACAGUUUUCAUAAAGAAUCUUCCUUCUAAUUGCACUGAAGCAUCAAUUUCAUAAUUAUUUGAAAAUAGAGAUCAUAUUAAGGCAAUCAGAAUUGUUAAAUCUAAACAUGGAGGUAUGAAUAAAGGAUUCGCUUAUAUUGAUUUUAGCUCUAUGGAAGAAGCUAAUAAUGCUUGUUUAAUGAUGAAUGAUGCCCUUGUUGAAGGUUAAAAGCUAUAUGUUGCCAUUUCUGCUCCUCCUAAGAAGUAAACAGGAUAGGAAGAUAGUACUGCUUAUUUGAGUAAUUUACCCUUUAAAAUUACAGAAGAAGAAAUUAGGUAAGCUUUCCCUGAUCAUGAAAUCAACUAAGUAAGAAUGAUAAGAGAUGGUAACGGAGAUUUUAGAGGUUUUGCAUACGUUGAGUUCAAAAAUGAAACUGAUCUUCAAAACGCAAUAGAAAAGUUUAAUCAAAAUCCUUUCAUAAAAAAGAGAAAAGUGUUUUGUGAGAAGUCUUAGGGAUUAGCAAAGGAUCGUUUAAAAGGAUUAAAUGAUACCCUUGAAGAAAACGAUUAGAAUCAUAAGAACAAACAUAAAAAGGAUAGCCAAAAUAACUUUACAGUAUUCCUAAAAAAUAUUAGCUUUAAGGCUCUCGAAAGCGAUAUACAAGAAUAUUUCAAAGAUUUAUAGAUUGAAGGAAUAGUAAUUGCUAGAGAUAUAGAAACUAAUUAACCAAAGGGAUUUGCAUUUGUCACCUUUAAAGAUAGAAGCUCUUACUAAUAAGCCUUAAAUAUGAAAAAAGGAAGUAUCAGGAAAAGAGAGUUUGAGAUUUAAAAAUAUGAUAAGCCCGUUCCAGGUCUUAAAAAGGCCUCAGAUGUUUAAGAAAUCAAUCAAAUAGAAAAUAAAUCUAAUGAUGACUUUAAAAAAUAUUUAUUUAAAAAAUGA